AUGCGAGCUUCCUCAGUUGCCGUUGUCUCGGCCGCUUGCCUCUCUGUUGGCAUCGCAGCGGCUGAUGAUGGAGCACCUCAGUGCGCCGUCGACUGUGCUUCAAGCAUCAGAAACGCGAAUGGAUCUCUCGAUCUCAAGGUCAUCUGUGCAGACAAGCUCAUGACCAAUUCUCUCUUUCAAUGCCUCAUCAGCUCAUGCCCUCAAGAUACCUACGCUCCGGCCGUAGCCCACGUUGUCCUGGCAUGCUCCGAUCUGGGCUUGAGCAUUGGGCCAUUGCAUCCCGUCGAAGUCCAGCACGUUAACCUGGAGAAGCCUCCAUAUCUUAUAACCCCGUCUCUACCUGCUACGUACGACACGCCCAGUGACGCUUCUCAGCAAAACACUGAGCAUGUGACUCUCUCCUUUGACAUUUCCCUCGAUCUGAAAUGCAAUUCUGGGCCUGAUGGUCUCGUCACCGUGUCUCUUCCCCCGUCUUCCCCAUCUCCUCCUGCUCCAUCUCCUCCUGCUCCAUCUCCGCCUUCUGUUCCGCCAUCGCCCCCUACCCCUGAUCCUGAAAUUGGUGAAGGCGAGAGCGAGAAUGGCAGUGACAAUGGCAGCAAUGGCAAUGGAGGUGGCAAUGGCAAUGGAAAACCCACCGUUUCGUCCUCUCCAGCUGAAGAGACUCUGACCACGCCGGAUCCUGCUGACCCAAGUGCUACAACUUCAUGCCCGCCUGACUCGGCACCAUCAAACGUUCAAGGCCCUGGCGAUGAGCAGGCUCCUCCACAAUCGACAGAACUUGGGCAACAUGGCGGUCCUGCAGAGACCUCGGCGCCUUCGCCAAUGCCUCCAAAUGGACAUGACCCAGUAUCUCUGCCGUCUGAAACCCCAUGCUCCACCGCUUCUGAUACUACUGGAGGCUUGGAUCCUGAAGAUACUGAAGAUCCCAGCCGGAUUGGCUCAUCGCCCAGCCCUACCCAAGAGGCUUCUGAUCCACCAGACGAGGGUGACAAGCCUGAAGUCUCGGUAACCUCCAACGUUGAAGGCAUGCCUUCGCCUGCGCCUGUGCCUGCACCUCCAACGCCGGCUCCCGCAUCAAGCCCUUUCUCGACCACAAACGGCGCAGCUAUUUCAGUCGAUCCAAUCCCGGGAUCUCAGAUACCUCAGACUGCGGAACCUACGCCUGAUGCUCAGGCAUCGCCUCUGCCUAGUUCCUCUUCUUCCCCUGCAUCCACCAGUUUGACGGUACCAGAGCCUCUAACCACUAUUCAUCCUAUGCCUUUACCCCUACCUAUGCCUUCACCUCCGUCAUACCAAAGUGCCGAUAAUUCGGGUGAUAUUCCUCUGGAAUAUGCACCUUCGGGAUUGAGCGAGCAGGCCCCUGAUGGCGAAAGUUCCGAUUCUGAACUUAGCCCGCCUGAGCCAAAUGCAGGGCCACUUCCACAGGAAACUCACGGUACAAAAGUAGACGCGACAUCAUCAUACGGGCACGAUAGUCAGGAACCAUCGGCACCAGUGCCAGUACCAGCUAGCCAAACAGACUCUCUAGCUGCGCAGACUGCAGAUGGAAAACCUACUGGCAAGACGACUGAGCCUUCUGAGGUAACACUCUGGCCAACUGCCACAAGCAACAAGACUUCGUGCACAACGGGUUCAGCAAGAGGGGGCGGAUCACCAACCACCUCAUGCAAAUCUGAUGGAAAACAGACUACAGAUGCAUUGGUAGCUGGUGACACUCAACAGAAUGAGCCAUUAGGUUCUAUCAUGGUCAAAAUCAUUCGAUCUGAUGAUAGUAGCGCGGAAACGAUGCUCACAGCGCUCUGGGAGAAUGUCCCGCCAGCUACCACAUUGUCAAGGGGAAUCGUGGAGAGCAUGCAGAGCAAGGAGGUCGACCAUGCCUCCGCCACUCAAUUUGUUAUUGGUAGUAGCCCGACAGCGACAUCUACAGCUGAUACAGGGCAUCACCACGUCGGAUCAAGCAAUGUUUUGUCACAUACAGGGUUUGCCACCCCAAAUUCCAAGCCAAUCGCCUCUUCUAUACAGCCCAAUAGUACAGCAAUGGCGCCAUCGCCCCCUAGAGUCGCAUUAACCAGCAGUGAUUCCAAGCCAACACCGUACCUUUACAUGAUGACUUUGCUUGCCAUGCUCACCAGCUGGGCUUUGAUGAGCUAA